AAUAGCCAAAAUCUUUGGAAUUUGAGGUAGUAAAGAGACAUAUCGUACUUUGACAUGAAACCUGUAUUUGUAACUCUAUUUUUGGUUAUGACUGUGGAUUCCGUACACAGUACAUGUCCAUUCGGCUGGAUAAGAUAUGAUUCUUCUUGUUAUUUGUUCCACAGAUCACCGGCGACAUGGAUAGACUCUUCUAAUUAUUGUCGAUCCCGUGGAGCCCACCUGGCUACUGUCCAAUCUGACUCGGAAAAGGACUUCAUUAAUGGUAUGAUUCAGAAUAUGCCCGGAGUGUACUGGUUAGAUGGAGUAGAUGAUGCAGCUGAGGGUAUAUGGGAGUGGGCUUCUACAGGCCAAAAGAUUUCCAUCAACCUGUGGUAUCCUGGUGAACCUAACAGGAGUUCACCACUAGAAGAUUGUAUGGAUACAUCAACAUAUUAUAAUGGAUUGUGGAACGACGAAGAAUGUAACUUUGACCAUUACAGUAUAUGCGAAAAACCACACUAGUAGAUGGACUUCUACACUAAUUAUUAUUUGUAAAGUAAAUUAUAUUUGAGUUCUUCUGUCUUGAUUAUAUGUAAUGUGAUGUUCAUUAUUUGUUCUGAAACCGACUCUGUGGUCUUGGCGAAGAGUGAUCGCCUCCGAGUGUAAGAGGUCGUGAAUACGAUCAUCUGUCCUGUCAAACAGAUUGACUUAGAAGAUGUUUCGCCGCUUAGCACUCGACAGUUGAAGGCAAAGUUGGACUUAGCUGGUAUUUGCUACAUGACUUAUACCUUAUUGUCUUGCUUUUGUUUUGACCGACAAAACAUUUCUCUUGUACAUUAAGCUUGCAUUAAUAUUUCUUCU